AUGGGAGUAUCAAUACUUGAUUUCGAUCCUGAUGAAUGCAAUAGAGAAAACCCACCUUUAGAGGUUUUGAUUGGCAUUAUUAUCGCUUGUGGCAUGUUGAUAAGUUACUUACCUCAGUUUCAUAUGGUCGAGUGUUGUAGUAUCGUGUCUGGUGUUCAAUGCUUCGAAAACACGUUAGGGAUCAUUCAACUCGCUAUUCAGUUUUCGAUGUUUGCAUUAAUAUUGACACUUUUCAUGAUAUACUUCCCUCCUGAACGCAAAAUUGCACCAUAUCUUCGUCAUAUACACUUUAAUUCUCCGCCAACAAGUUGGUCGAACGAUUGGCGUGAUUCGGUCUGGAUUUCCAUUGGUGUAGUCUUACACUUAAUUUUGACUGUUAUUGUUUCAAUAUGGCUUUUAAAUUUUGGUACUGCUGAUAGUUAUGAGCCUACUAAGUUCUGGGCAGAUUGUUUGGGUGUCAUAUCUAUGGUGUUUGCAUCCGUUCAGUACUUUCCUCAAAUACUUAGGACUUGGAGACGAAAAUCUGUAGGAGCACUUAGUAUACCUAUGAUGCUUAUACAAACUCCCGGUUCAUUUCUUUUUGUUUACUCUCUCGCCAUUCGUCCUGGAACAAGGUGGACGACAUGGUUUGUUUUCCUUGUUACUGGAUGUCUUCAAGGCACCCUUCUUAUUAUGUGUAUUUGCUGGCAUUUCCGAGCCAAACGCCUCGGUUAUGGACCAUUCCACGUUGGAGAUACAGAUGCUGAUGGUAAGCCGUUGGCGCCACAUGAACAGACGAGAUUGCUUGGUGAAGGGACCCAUGGACACUCAACUACAUCAUCAAG